AAAAGCUCGUACCGGACGUGCCGUUGUGCUCUCCGGCUGCGGACCGACCGGUCUGCGUUGACUGAGCGGUUGUGAUCCGAGCAGCGCUCAGUCAGACGGGGGGUGGAUGUACCGGAGCGGGAUCACGGCUCCUCCUGCUCCAUCAGCACCAACCUGCGGGUCUGUUGGUUUGUUGUUUGUUUGUUUGUUUGUUUGUGGGAGCUGCUUCCGGUCCGCCUCAUGACGAGCUGCUCGCAGUCCAUCCUCCUCUCGUGUCUCCAGAGAGGUCGGACCGCAGACUGAGAGGGAGGCCUGCUGCUCCACCGCAACAGGUCUGAGAGGAGCUGGACCACAAGGAGUCAGAGCCAGAAAACAGAUGAGAUAAAGAGGACAGAGACAGACAGCAGAGGAAGAGGAGCAGGAAGAGGAGGAAGAGGAGCAGGAGGAGGAGGAGCAGGAGGAGGAGGAAGAGGAGGAAGAGGAGCAGGAAGAGGAGGAAGAGGAUGGUGUGAAGGUGUGAAGGUCUGAGCUGAAACCUGCCAUCAUGAUGCCGAUGUUCCUCACCGUGUACCUCAGCAACAACGACCAGCACUUCAGCGAGGUUCCCAUCACGCCGGAGACGCUGUGCAGAGAUGUGGUGGAGCUCUGCAAAGAGCCCGGAGAGGGCGACUGCUACCUCGCUGAGAUGUGGAGAGGCUCGGAGCGCGUGGUUGGAGACGGGGAGCGGAUGUUGGAGGUGCUGCAGCGAUGGGGGCAGCAGAGGGGGGAGGUCCGCUACCUCCUGCAUCACCAGAGAGCUCCAGGACGGGAGUCAGGUGGAUCGAGAGCUGCAGACCAGCUGAUGAAGAGGAGUCAGGGGAAAACUGAGAGAUGUGUGGAGAACGGGGUCUCAGCUCCUCGUCUGGACGUGACGCUGAGCGACCUGCAGGAUCUGGCAACCCGACAGCAGCAGCAGAUCGAUGCCCAGCAGCAGCUGCUGGCCUCCAAGGAGCAGCGGCUGCGUUACCUGAAGCUGCAGGAUCAGCGGCAGCAGCAGCAGCAGGAGGUUUCUGAACAGGAGCGACUGCGGCAGCUCAGAGAGAACGCACAGAACCAGGAGGCCAAACUGAGGCGGGUCCGGGCCCUCAGGGGCCAGGUGGAGCAGAAACGCCUCAGUAACAGCAAACUAGUGGAGGAGAUCGAGCAGAUGACCGGGCUGUUCCAGCAGAAGCAGAGGGAGCUGCUGGUGGCCGUGUCCAGGGUGGACGAGCUGAGCGACCAGCUGGAGGCGCUGAGGAGCAACCGGCUGGAGCAUCCUCUCCCUCCUCCUCAUCACCACAGCACCUCCUCCACGGCUGAGCUGGAGCGCCUCUACCAAGAGCUGCAGUUGAGGAACAAGCUGAACCAGGAUCAGAGCGGCAGGCUGCAGCAGCAGCGAGACAGCCUGAACAAGAGGAACCUGGAGGUGGCAGCAAUGGACCGACGGCUGGCGGAGCUCCGGCAGCGGCUCUGGAAGAAGAAAGCUGCCCUGCAGCAGAAGGAGAACCUGCCGGUGGCUUCAGACGGAGCAGCUCCUCAGCACGGCGUUGUCUCCAGAGUGGCGGCGGUGGGGCCGUACAUCCAGUCGUCCUCCACAACAAGCUCUCAGGGGCCUCCGGUGCCGGCCCGACAGGAGGUUCUGGUGAAGCCGGCGUACCCGGAUGGCACCGCCACCCUGCCCAUGCCCGACUCGUCUCUGAAGCCGCCUCCCAGACCAGCUAAACCAGCCUCAGGUUUCACCGCUGCAAAAACAUCCAAACUGUCCGACUGGAGCGGCUCGUUUUCUGAAUCCGGUGGAGGUUACAGCCACGCCUCCACCCUGCCUCGCAUGUCCAGCCUCAGCGGCCACAGCUCAGGUGGUAAAACCCCCACAGACCAGAAGGGCCUCUCUGGGUCUGAUGUCCCGCCCCCUGUCCCGUCACGGACCAAUCACACUACUGAGAGCCUGCUCAGGGACAAUCAGACCUCGAGUAAAGGUCUGUCCAAGAUGGCGGCACCACCUCCAGUUCCCAGUAAGCCCAAACCGUUCUCCUCCUCUGGCCCGCCAACCUUCUCCAAACCCCCUUACAGCACCGGGACCUUUCCUGGGAAGGUGCGUCCAGUUGGUGGCCACCUGAGGGCUCCAGGUGUUCUCUCCAGCCACAGCCACACCCUCCCUCUGCCCAACAAACAGGAGAGUCCGCCGGCCGCCGCCAUACGACCGUACACGCCCGACCUCUCGGAGGCUGCCCCCACCGUGCUGCAGAAGCCUCAGACUCUGGCGGCUUCGUCCAUCUACUCCAUGUACACCCAGCAGGCCACGCCGGGGAAGGGCUACCAGCCAGGCGGCCAGGGCACACUGCCCCGCAGCCAGCCCAGAGUUUACGGGAAGCCAGUCCUCCCGGCCAGCGGGGGGCAUCAGUCUGCCGCCUCAGACGGCGGCGUCAUGUAUUCUGGCUGUUGUGUGUCUGACGGCAGCGAGGCUGACAACAGUUGCCUUGGUAACGGUGAAGGUGUGGGAGCAGAGACGGCCGAACGCGGCACCCCACGACCGCUCAGCCCCACCAAGCUCCUCCCCUUCCUGUCCAACACACACAGGAACCCGAGCGAUGCCGACCUGGAGGCCCUGCGCCGCCGGCUGCACCACGCCCCCCGGCCUCUGAAGAAGCGCAGCUCUAUCACAGAGCCCGAGGGCCCGGCUGGACCCAACAUCCAGAAGCUGCUCUAUCAGAAAACCACUCUGGCUGCCAUGGAAACCAUCCCUAUGGAAUCAGCCGGUCCAGCUGGGACUCGUCCUGGGGUUCACGAGGACGGGGCCGGCGCUGCGGACGUAACGUUCAGGGUCGACGACAACACAGGAGCUGGCUACCAUCAGCCCCUCGCCGAGAGUCCUGAGGACAGCCUGACCCCGCCCCCUCUGCCCCCCCGCUCACCCAUCCCUGACCCCGCCUCCUGCUGCUCCCUGCCCCCCCCUCUGGAGGACAAGGACGAGGAAGAGGAGGUGCGUCGCUCAACCUCUGGACCUCAGGACUACUUCGCAGAUGAGUUCCCCCCCUACCCUCCCCCACCAUACCCCACCAGUAGUGAGGCGGAGCAGGGAGAUGAUGUCAUCAACCUGCAGCCGCCGGAGGUCACAGGACAGGUCACAGCGCCGCCGGGUAAGAAGUCGAUCCUCCGUAAAGUCGGCUCGGAGCGGAUCGACCACAACAUGCGGGUCAAGUUCAACCCGCUGGCUCUGCUGCUGGACUCGUCUCUGGAAGGCGAGUACGACCUGGUUCAGAGAGUCAUCUACGAUGUGGACGACCCCAGCAUGCCCAACGAUGAGGGCAUCACGGCGCUGCACAACGCCGUCUGCGCCGGUCACACCGAGAUCGUCAAGUUUCUGGUUCAGUACGGUGUCAACGCCAACGCUGCAGACAGCGACGGCUGGACGCCGCUCCACUGCGCCGCCUCCUGUAACAACGUUCAGGUCUGUAAGUUCCUGGUGGAGUCGGGGGCGGCGGUGUUCGCCACCACGUACAGCGACAUGCAAACAGCCGCCGACAAAUGUGAGGAGAUGGAGGAAGGCUACGCCCAGUGCUCUCAGUUCCUCUACGGCGUUCAGGAGAAGAUGGGCGUGAUGAACCGCGGCGUGGUGUACGCUCUGUGGGACUACGAGCCUCAGGGCGAAGACGAGCUCGGCUUCAGUGAGGGCGACUGCUUGACGGUGCUGAGGCGGGAGGACGAGGUGGAGACGGAGUGGUGGUGGGCCAGAUGUGGGGACAGCGAGGGCUACAUCCCCCGCAACCUGCUGGGGCUGUAUCUGAGGAUCAAGCCGCGACAGAGGAGCCUGGCUUAACCGCCGGAUGACAAAUCCUACAAAAGACCAAAAUGUUUGGAGGAGGAAGAGGAGGAGCAGCCGAGUCAAACCUCCGGAACGGGCCAGAUGUUUUCUGAACUGCCAAUCGGACCUUUUCGACCUCAGAAUGUCACAACAACAGAUUAUCACUUCACCAACACGACACGAGCAUUCGUUAAGGUCCAUUUAUUAUUCUGUUUGUUUUCUGUUGAGGGUUUUUCCUUAUUUCAUCGAGUAGUGACGGCGGACGUGUGGCGAGAGGGAGCGGCGGUACGGAGACACGAGGCCGCCAUCUUUGAUUUUAUUGUUGAAAUUAAGGUAUUUAAAUUUCCAACAACAAAUGUAGCAAACACUGAAAUUGAAACACAUUUUAGGGAGUUUUUACCACAUUUGGAGUCUGAAAGUUCUAACAGCCUCUAAUUUUUACUUUCUUGAGUUUUGUCCCUAAAAUGUUGUUUUUCUUUUUGGAUGAAUACAAGAUGGAAACUUCUGGGAACUAAAUCAAAAGAGAGAUUAAGUUUCAUCAGCUCAUCUGUUGGAUUUACUUCAUUGAUUUAUUUCUUAAUAACUUGUAGUCGCUCAGACAGACUCGUGUGUGAGCGAGCUGCCGUUUGUUAAUGUUAGUUUGGAUCUGUGGGUGAAGGAGAAGCACUUAACAAAUGUUUUGUUUUUUUAUGUUAAUAAAGUUUAUUUACAAGACUUCCUGAUCAGCUGCA